CUCCGCCCCUCCUCCCUUCGUUAUUCAGACCGGGUUUUCAAUCCCUCAGCGCCGCAGCUUCCGGCCAGGAAAGGAAGACGCGUCCUGCUCACGCGCCCAAAGACGACGACGCGCGCGGAAGGGGUGGAGCUUGAUCCUGGUCAGCGCGGAGAAAAAGCGAAGCCCAGGCGGCUUGGGUGCGACUUCUGAGGGGUUGAAAGACACCCCCUCCCCCCCAUGGUUCAAACUUAAAACAGAUUUUGUCAAGCCUGGUAAGCCACCUUUUUCUAAAAUGAAUACCCAGAGUGAAGGAGAUCCCAAACCUGAGGGAGAUCAGAAGACAUUAGAGGUGGAUCCCAAACUAGUACCUGAGGGGGAUCCAAAACACGUAUCUGGAAGCCCAGGAAUUCAUCUAUAUUAUUGUGAGAUUUGUGAAGUUCCGUGUAUGAAUGCUAUAGCACUCGAGACACAUUUUUCUGGAAAAAAGCAUAAAACGAGAGAAAAAAUCCUGCAGAAAAGACGUGACCCAAUGUUAUCUAAAGAGCCAAUCCCAGUAAAGGGACAGCCUUCAAGAAAUCUGAGAUCUCUGAGAGAUUACAUGAAGGAUCCGAAUCGAGAAGAACCACUUAUAGGUUUGGAAUAUUUAGUCGAAAUACGGUUCCAAGGGAAAAGGUUUCCAUUCUAUGAAUGCCAACUAUGCCAAUUUACUACAGAGAUGUCACCAAUGAUACAACACCUCAUUGGGAAAAAACACAGGAAUUAUUAUCUUCUAAAACAUCAUCCAGACAAAGCAAAGAAAACCCCAGAUGAUUACAAAGAAGAAAAAAGUGUGUUUCUUAGGCGGGUAGCAAGAGAGGUAGAAAAGACAGAAGGUUUAAAAAUGUAUAAGUGUGAAGAUUUUGAAAGACUGAGCAAACGUUCAGCAAAGAACACAGCAAAGUUUGCUAAUAAGCGUGAGAAUGAUCCAGUUCGGAGAGAGAAAGCUCUGGAAUAUAUGGAAAACUUUGAGAUAACAUCAGAUAAAGAAGCAUCUCAAGUAAUAAACCUUGCGCAGUUGUUGUCAGAAGAUCUGAAGGCCUUCUGUGAAAAGCAAGCAACUCUCAACCAUAUUAAAAGCCUUCCAUCACUGCUAACACAAGGAAUAAGAAACGUCAACCAACAUAAGGCCAACAACCCAUUUGAACGCUACAUGAAUCAUCCAGGAGAAAGUUGGAAUCAUGGGUGCCUGACUAAUGAUCUUACACAAUUCCAAUCAUUGCAACAGCCUGCACCAAGUACUUCAUCCACCCCUGCCAACUCAUAUGCUUACCAAAUGAGGGAGAAAGUCUCUUCACAGGUCUUAAGUUGUCAAGAUCAUGCAACAAUGUCUGCUCUUGAACAUUCAUUUGCCCAUCAGCCAGGUGGCUUUGGUACUGGAAUUGAAUGGAUGAAGCAGUUCAACCAAUCUGCUUCUGCUUAUUUCCAGUUAGCACCAGUUAAAGAAAAGUCUUCCUCCUUCAGUACAUCCCAGGGCAGUUACAGAAAACAUUAUCAAGAAGGAAGACAAGUACCCAGUAACGAAAUUGCAGUGAAUAGACCAAGAAACUGGGACAGUUUUAGGAAUACACACGACUCAAAUGCAUGUUCUUUUAGUCCCAUCUUGCAUCCUCCUCCAGGAAGAUCCCAAGUAAGUUUCCCUUCACAAAACUGUCCUUCAUCGUAUCAUGAUGUGCUGGACAGUGGUAAUCAGAUGCCUGCACCUUCCAUUUCUUCUGAAAAAAGUGGACCUUACAAGCAGCUACAACCUUACUCAAAACCUGACCUUGAUGAUCUGGGAUUUCACUCCUCCUUUUCUAGUGGUAGUUUGUAUGAACAACAGAACACGCAAGCAUUUGAUGAAAUAUUUGGAAGUAGGAAUGUCCCCACGGCUGACAUUUUGAACCAACUUCGAGGAAAAGAUCCAGCCACAUUGAGAAGCAUGAUUCAACAGUUGCUACCCCGUUAUCCAGGCCUUCAGAACAUUGAUAUUUAUGCAUUUGCUCAAGCUUUGAGUGAAAUGAAUUAAAAAUCAAAUGAAUCUGAAAUGGAAGCUAUUCAAGGACAGAUCUGGAGGAAGAUGAUUCAACUGUAUCCAUCCUGUUGUCAAUAAGAAGCAAUGUUAAUUUCUGAAAUGUAGAAAUAUUCAACAUCUUCAUGUUUAAUAUAAACAAAAAGUUAUAAAUCCCUUGAAAGAUCACCCCGUUAUUCCUACAUGUAAAUACAACUCUUAACUUAAAGAAUAUGUUUGACAAUGUUCUCUUUUGAGAGUAUAAUAAAGGUAAUUUUUCCAGAAAGUGAUGUCAUGAGAGCAUACAAUAUACCUAUACCUACAGUUUCUUUGAAACAAGGAGCUACAUAACCAACACUGUAUUAAUCCAAAUCCUGAUACAUUCCAUCCUGGUCAUUGUAUGUUAAUCUCACUUUAUGGAGAACGUCAGAAAUGAUAUGGUUCAAAACAGUUAAUUAUAGAUAUGGAGGAUGAUCUUUUGAUUUCCAACCAUGAAAUCUGGAAGACAUUAGAAAUGUUAUACUAUAGUAUUGAAUAGGAAAUCUUGUUUGUUUUACAUAGGAAUAAGAAUUAAAUGAGAAGUUGAUACGCA